AGCGAACUUCUCCAUCAUGAUAUGAUUUGAAUUUGGAUGGCGGCUUUGGUACUAUCUCCUAGUUCCCGAACUAGCCGGUUACAAAGCUCAUGAUAUCAUUCAUUUAUUUUACGGCCACAGCUCUAUUCCUACCUUGCCUCUGUAGUUGCAUCAUUGUUCACGUGCCCAAUGGAUGACGAAAGUCGGAGAGGCUGGGUGAUACCUGUGGCGUCUAGGAAGUGAAGCAGAAAGCUUCUUACUCUUCUUUUUAACAGGUAUCUCAUACCGUUUGCUAAAUUAUUCCUGCCUGUUAUUAUAUGUUCAUAAUCCAUAGAAGCUGUUCCGUUUACCUCAAUAGUUGACCAAGAAAGUGAAUCCGGAAUGUAUCUGAACGAGUCUUUCGUUCAUAUCGACCAGCUACAUAUAAGUUGCUUGAAAUGGAAGAACGAUUCCGAGAACCGCACCCGUAAGUGCAUGUGCAAAGCUCCUAGAUAUCCCCAGUGCUUAUCGACAUACACAGGUAUCUAUCUGGGAAUUUCGCGCCCAUCAAUAAGACUCGACAGCUUACACGAUGUACUCACGUCGGGCAUAUUCCAGAAGACCUCGCCGGGGGCCAAUACGUCCGUAACGGCGGAAACCCAAUCACAAACGAUGACCUAGGGAGAGAUGCGCACUGGUUUGACGGCGACGGUAUGCUUACUGGAGUUCUCUUCCGACGCGGAGAUAAAAGCGAAAUCAUCGAGCCGGAGUUUGCCAAUCAGUAUAUCCUGACUGACGUGUAUUUGAAUGCCAAGGAUAACGGUAACUUGAGCCGGCCUCUACUACCUAGUAUUGCGACACUAGUGGGUGUUUCGUUGAUUGCUAUGGUUGCGGCGGUUCUUAGAACGCUGGCACUCGUGUUUCUUUCGAUUCUUCCGGGGUCUAGAAAAGCCGUCAAGAAGAUCAGCGUCGCCAAUACUGGCGUGCUAUAUCACGAUGGCAGAGCUUUGGCGACAUGCGAAAGCGGUCCGCCGAUAAGGUUCCAGCUUCCCGGACUGGAGACCGUGGGCUGGUAUAACGGUCGAAGAGCGGAGAAUGAAUGUGGUCGGGAUAAUAAAGCGGGCUUCGGUGGGAAUGGCCUAAUGGGAUUCAUGAAGGAAUGGACAACGGGUCACCCACGUGUUGACCCUAUCACGAAAGAGCUUAUUUCAUUUCAUGCCGUAUUCGUCAGGCCAUUUGUUAAUUAUUCGAUAGUCCCACCGGCUAGCUCGUCGGCAAAGGGAACGGAGGAGAGCAUUCGUGGCCCAACGCUCGAUAUUCCGAUCCCGGGUGUGAGCUCGCCAAAGAUGAUGCAUGACUUUGGAGUCUCAGCCCACCAUACCGUAAUAAUGGACCUUCCCUUAUCCCUAGAUCCUACGAACAGCAUCAGGGGAUUGCCUGUCGUUUCGUACGAUCCUACAGAACGAUCGCGCUACGGAGUCUUUCCUCGAUACGAGCCGGAGAAAAUCCAAUGGUUUACGACGAACCCGUGCGUCAUCUUUCACACGGCCAAUUGCUGGGAGACUACGUCGAUGGAGCUGGAAGCUGAGACAUGCAUCCACCUUCUCGCUUGUCGUCUCACCUCGGCGUCGAUUGUGUAUAGUGCCGGCGCGCUCGUGCCUCCCACGCCUAAACCAGCGCCUCCAGAAUACGUCGAGGAGGAACAGUGCCGGCUUUAUUACUACAGCUUCCCGCUAGUCAGAGAGGGGUCGGAUGAGACGCCGACCAUCCGUAAUCAGUGGGCUCUAUCAGCCAUCCCCUUCGAAUUUCCCACCAUGUCGUCGUCUCACGCCAUGAGAGCGGCUAAAUAUAUAUAUGGCUGUAGUACAGGUACAACGUAUUCUGCGGCACUUGGGAAAGCAACUAAAAUCAGCCACCUUGCCAAGAUAGACACUGCGACGCUGAUAGCUCGUGGCGUUACCCACCCACCGCAACAAAUCAAGGGUUGCGUCGAUGCGCGGGAUCUUGACGAGGUAAUGCGGAGCACCGAUGAUAACGAUCCAAUAAGGUUGUUCAAGAUGCCCGAAGGGUGGUUUGCCCAGGAACCACGGUUCGUGCCACGGGCUCAAGCGGAAACCGAGGAUGAUGGGUGGUUACUCACUUACGUUUUCGACGAGUCUCAGUUAAAUGAAGAUGGCGAAUGCGGCGAUGACGCUAUUAGCGAGCUUUGGAUCAUUGAUGCGAGAAAUAUGAGAGAAAUCGUGGCAAGAGUUAAGCUGCCUCAACGAGUACCCUACGGUCUACACGGCGCGUGGUUUUCGGAAGACGAAAUCGCUGGGCAGAGGCCGUUUGCUUCUUUGAGACGGGAAAUACCGACGGCAGAGACUGACACGUCGAACUACAUACCGAUCAUGAGGGAUAUGGCGGAGAAGUGGAUUGGGUGAUUAAAGGAGUUUUGUGUGUAUCGUGACUCGUGAAGUCUGAUUUGGUAUUUUGGAUAUACCCUAGGCGUUGUAAAGAAAGAUGAAAAGCGCAAAAUGAUACUUCAGGGGUAAAUGUGACCAUAGAACUCUAAGCCAUUAAUAUUUGCC